AAAAGGAAAAAAAAAAAAAAACAAAUUCCACCGUUGUUAACACUUAACACGCGGGUGUAAUCCUCUGCAACUGAAGCACCCAUUCAUGGCGGACGAAGAUGCUUCYUCGAACCCUAAUUCAAUCCCUUCAGAUCCUUCGGACGCGAACCUCCAAAAGAAACACGCUUCAGUUCUCGAACGCCUUGCCAACCGUAAUCAAACCCGCUUAGAGAACUCCAUAACCCGCAGAUCCGAGUCCGAUUCCUCUUCCUCUUCCACAUCGUCGUUUCUCGUCCGCUUUUCCGACUCCAAGCGUGCAAUCGAAUCGGAACUCGCCCAAUGCCGCCUCAAGCCGCCGGAACCCGCUCAACUCAGAUCUCACCUCGACAGGAUUUCCGCCUCGAUCUCCGACCUCGAGAAGCUCGUUGCCGAAACCUCUUACUUCUUGCCCUCGUAUGAGGUACGGGCUUCCCUCAAAUCGAUUUCGGAAUUGAAGCAAAGCCUCGAGAAUUUAACUUCCGAGUUGCUACCUAAAAAGAAAUUCUCAUUUAAGAAUAAGGGCACGAAGAAAGACCCAAAAUCGGAGUCGAAAGACGCAGGGCAUGGAAAUGCCGAUUCCAUGUUAAUCAACAAUCAGCAGCAAGCGAGCUAUAACGCUCGAGAUUCUCCAGGAAUCAGAGACAAGGAAGGUGAGGUUCUGGUAAGGAAUUUCAAGGGAUCGSAUGUUGGGGAGUUCACUAUCUCGGGACUUAAUUCCUGCGAAGUCAAACUGAUCGGUAGUGUAAGGGCGUUGUUUAUUCAUAAAUUAAGAAACUGCAAAGUUUAUACGGGACCUGUAAUGGGUUCAAUUCUUAUCGAUGAUGUUGAGGGGUGUACAUUUGCAACGGCCUCCCAUCAAAUUCGGAUUCACAAUGCGAAAAAGAGCGAUUUCUAUCUGAGAGUGAGGAGUAGGCCGAUCAUUGAAGAUAGCAGCAGCGUUCGAUUUGCGCCGUAUUGUGUGAGCUACGAAGGGAUUGAAGAAGAUCUCAGGGAUGCGAGUCUGAGCGAGGAGACAGGAAAUUGGGGGAAUGUUGAUGAUUUUCGGUGGUUGCGUGCAGUGCCGUCGCCGAACUGGUCGAUUUUGGCGGAGAAUGAGCGGAUUGCUACCAUCAAAAUCUCAACUACAGAAGGUUGAGCCCUUGAGAGUUAAGUUUCUCAUCUCUACUUUUGAUAAAUMCCAUGAAAGAAAAUUUUCUUUGAAGGUUUUGCUCGUUUAACAGAGCAGGUUGAAGCACAAAUAGUUGAGAAAUCUAAAUAGACGACAUCAGUUGACUAUGUUAUGAAUUAUGAUUGUGUUAUGUUAGUCUUGUAUCCAAAACUGGGAAUUCUAGAAAAUUCUCUCCUUUUCCAAUAUUUUGAUUUUUUAAAUCUUUCUGGGCCUGGCUAUUUUUCUUGCUGCCUUUGAGUGGAUUUCCACUCGACAACUUGAGCUGGAAGAACAUUAGUCAUUUUUCUUAGCUUUACAUGGUAUCAUUAAGAUUUGUACUUGUACGAAUGAAACAUUACCUCAAAUUGGAUAUAGUUUUUUGUUAUAUAUAGAUGUAUCGGCACUCUAUAACUCUCAGGAACAUGAUUUUGAGGCUCUCUCUCUCUCUCUUUGAAUAUAUUUAUAAGCAAAACUGAGAUGAUCAUUCAUUUGCUUGCCACAUGAGCUUUCUUAACACCUCUCAAAUAGAUGUUCUUAAGAGGAUAGAACAUUGACUUUGAUUAAAGAGCACCAACAAUAUAUUUGUACAAGUGAGAAUUAGAAAAAACAAUAAUUCUUUCUGGUUGAGAUAGUCGAGCCAUUUUCCCUAUCAGAGUUCUUGGAGAGGUUUAGCUUCAAGGGUUAUUUAUUUCCUUGUUCUGCAUAUGAGCUGCCAAAGACAUAAGAUUUUGAGCUUGUGAAAUGAAAUCCAAGAAGAGGUAGUGUAAGGUGCGGGUUUAGUGGGUGUGAGUUUCUGGUCGGUGACUUUGAGCUGCAUCAAUGGCUUGGUUGCCAUGGUAGUACUAGCAGAAAUGGGGCUGAAAAAUUAGUGUGAUACAGCCAAGUAUGUAGAGUUUUUGGAGGGUGAAUUGAGAAUCAAGGGACCUGGUUUGAUAAGGAGUGAAUUCAUCAGAAAUUGCAUAUCUAGAGAACUAGUGUGAAGUUUGGGUGCAGGGUUGCUUAGCUUGGGAUUGUGUAGGCUGAGUUUCUGCCGGCAGAUUUUUUCGGUAGAGUUUCAGUGUACGGUUGAUAUAAAAUUUUAGUCGAAUCUUUAAGCUAAUUUUGUCUCUAAUCUAACCAAGAAAAUUUGGUGAUGUAAUUAAACUCAUAAAAGAAUCAUGACUUUUUAUAUAAAGACUAGGUUAUAUUACAAGUUUGAGUACUUUUAGUUUCUAAAAUUUAAGAAGUUUCAAUUAUCACUCAAGUUUAGUUUUGAAUUAUGGUUAUUUAUAGGCUCUAUCAUUAAUAUUAGUCAUCGAGUUAUAUGAUGGAUUCGUUGGUUGAAUAUUUGGUCAACCCGACAAAUACACAUCGACAGGAGUUAACUUAUCGACAAACUAUUGAUGUAAUACUCUACUUGAUGAAGUUUAGAUGAGACAAUAUAAUGAUGUCAUCUGCACUUAGCUGAACAUGUUAAAAAACUGUGCAGUGAGAAAAUACUAGGCUGCAAAAAGUCCAAAGUUUAGAUGUGUUGGUUAGAAACCUAACUAAGCAAGCAAAUUAGUUGUUUUGACAUACUACAAACUUUUCCAAUAAUGAAGGAAAAAAGAGAAAUGCAUUAUUGAAGUGAUAUCACCUAAUUAUUUCUUUUAAGAGAAAAAAGAACCUCAAUUUAAUGAAAAAGAAAAGAGAUCACAAUUAUUAAUGAGCUAGCUUUAACGUUUAACUUUCAAUUUCAUUAAAUUGAACCAAACUUAAAUAAUUAGUGGUAUUAAUACUCCUCAUUAAUUACCCAUACAAACCAAUAGAAAUCCAACCAAACAAAAUAAUAGGUUAAAAAAAAUCAAUAUGAACAAAAAUACCCCGACAAAGGUACAAAAAUCAAAUGGUUAGCAUGCAAUAAUUUUGAUUGUGUGAACUCGUAAAAAAGAGUACUAGGGGUCAACUUAAGGAGUAGGAAGGCAAUUAGUGAGCCAAUGUUGGAAAUGCAGUUGGUAUUUGGAAAGGUAGAUUAAAAAAUUGGGAUAUCAUUGACAUUUUAGAUCAAAACAAAAACAUUUUGGUUCCAACUUCCAAGUGGGGAGCCACCACCCCCUUUAAAAUUUGGCAAAGUAAUGACUAAUAAUUCCUAUAUAAAAAACCAGUGCAGUUUUGAGGCUUUUUGAAAAGUGGGAAUUAAGAAAUUAAACCCUACAGAAUUAAGACUAUGGGAAGAUCUCCUUCUUAUUCUUCUUCCUGUGAUGGAAUUGGGGUGAAACGAGGCGCUUGGACUCCUCAAGAAGAUCACAAACUUGUUGCCUUUAUUACUCAACAUGGCCAUCGUAGCUGGCGAGCCCUCCCCAAGCUCGCUGGGCUUAAUUGAUGUGGGAAGAGUUGCAGACUGCGAUGGACAAACUACCUUCGGCCAGGCAUAAAGAGAGGAAAAUUCUCUCAAGAAGAGCAACAAACCAUCCUCAAUCUCCAUUCAAUCCUUGGAAACAAAUGGUCCGUGAUUGCAAGCCAUCUUUCCGGACGAACGGAUAACGAAAUAAAGAAUUUAUGGAACACCCAUCUGAAGAAGAAGCUCAUUCAAAUGGGAUUUGAUCCCAUCACUCACAUGCCCACCACUACUCACAAUAAUCAUCUUCUUCCUCUCCCACAUCUCCAAAGCCUUCUGCUUUUCCACCACCAAACUCCAUUGGAACACCAGCUACAAGCUCUUCAAAUGCCUCCCKUGCACGAAUAUUUACAGCAUCUUCUCGAACCUCCAUCUUCUCUCUUUACACCCACUUUCCAACCGCUCCAAUAUGAUGGGAACAUGUCAUUCCCUUUUGCCCCUUUGCCGGACUUGGAGUUCUGUGAAGCUUCCAGCGAUCCAACGCCGGCGGCAGUUUACGGCGGCCAAACCACAGCUAAUUCUCUGCGUGGGUUUCUUCAAACGCUCCCGCCGCCGCCUAGCUCCGAUGGAAACUUAUAACUGAGAAGUCCGAACCAGCAUUGCUGGUCUAGUAACCACAUCCAUCCGUAGUUUUUUGUUUAUUUGUUUUACUAUUAUUAUUUUUGUUGUUUUUUCAAACAUGAUGUGAGAAGUAAUUAAAUCGUGGAGAUUGUAGAUAUUAGAUAUGUAUAAUAUGUCUAUGGGAUGGGAUCCAUUAAUAUAUGUAAA